AUGAGCAUUUUUAAUGAGAAUGUUAAUAAAGUGAAAAUGGUGGGCUCACGUGUGUACGUCGGUGGGCUGCCAUUCGGUGUAAGAGACAGAGAUCUUGAGAAAUUCUUCAAAGGUUUCGGCCGAAUUAGAGACAUACUGAUUAAAAAUGGAUAUGGCUUUGUGGAAUUUGAAGAUUAUAGAGAUGCAGAUGAUGCAGUGUAUGAGUUAAAUGGGAAAGAGUUGCUCGGUGAAAGGGUGGUGGUUGAACCGGCGCGUGGCAUCGACCGCAGUGCUGACCGGUACAGGCGAGACCGCUACUAUGAACGGGACCGCGGGAGAUCUCGAUAUGAUGACUACAAUUAUAGAUACGGACCUCCGACGCGCACCGAGUAUCGACUUAUCGUUGAAAAUCUGUCUAGCCGCAUUAGCUGGCAGGAGGGUUUCGUCGCCGCCGCCGCCGUCGAGCUGACAACGAACAAGGACUUGAAGGAUUACAUGCGUCAAGCUGGUGAAGUGACUUAUGCUGAUGCUCACAAACAACAUAGAAGUGAAGGGGUGGUGGAGUUCGCGACGCACUCCGACAUGCGCGCGGCGAUCGAGAAGCUGGACGGCACGGAGCUGAACGGGCGCCGCAUCCGGCUGGUGGAGGACCGGCGCUCCUCGCGGCGCCGCACGCGCUCCUCCUCGAGCCGCUCGCGCAGCCGCUCCAGGGACAGGCGCCGCUCGCGCUCCAGGUCACGUUCUCGCCGCUCUUCGCGAAGCCGUUCCCGCUCCAAGUCGCGACCGAAGAGCAAGAGCCCAGUCGCCAAAUCCCGUUCCAGAUCCCGCACAAAAGAGCGCAGCCGCUCCAAGUCCGCGUCCAGGUCGCCGUCGCGUAAGUCUGAGCGCGAGCGCUCGCCCGCCCCCUCCAACAAGUCUGCGGACCGCAACGGCCGUUCCGCUUCACGCUCGCGCUCGCGCUCCCGCUCCCGCUCCCGCUCGCGCUCCCGCUCACGCUCGCGCUCGCCCUCGGCCGCGCCGAACCCCAAUGAGAAAGCAGUGGGGAAAAGGGAGAGGUCCCGCUCGCGCAGCAAGGAGGCGCCGUCGCCGAAGCACGAGGAGGAGCGGCGCGCCACCAAGUCGCGCUCCCGCUCGCGCGGCCGCUCCGCCUCCCGCUCCGCUUCCCGCUCCCGCUCGCGCUCGCGCUCGCAGUCGGGCUCGCCGCGGCAGAACGGCGAGGCGCAGGAGCGCGCCAGCGCCGAACGCUCGCCGCGUAGCGGGGAC